AUGCAGCAAGGCUACCAACUAGACGACCGUCCCUACGGGCGGCCAGAGCAGCUCGACUACCCUCAGACGGGUCCGUCUCCUGGCUCUGUGCCCGGCAGAUAUGGUACUCCGAGCGACCAGCUUCAGCUGAACGCCGCCCAAUCAGUAGACAACCUCAGCAGGAACAGCCCCUUCGCUGACCCCCACCAACGAGGCCCGUACCAGACAGAUUACGCUGUCAACCCCGAGGCUCAUCACGAUGCCUACUACAAUCAGCCCUACGAGCCUACUCCCAUGGAGGGCACUCCGCUUGGCUACGACCCCGGCCAGCCGGGCUACGACCACGACGACCUGCGGCCGAUGCUGCCCCACCAGGACUCCCACGCGAGUGAGCCAUACCAGGACCAGCCCACGCCGCAAGGCGCUGGCGGCGGCAUCAAGAGGUGGAAGACGGUGAAGCAGGUUCUGUUGUACCGGGGCAACCUCGUACUCGACUGUCCUGUCCCCCCCAGACUGCUGAAUCAGCUGCCGCACGGCGAGCGUGAUGAGUUUACGCACAUGCGGUACUCUGCCGCAACGUGUGAUCCCGACCAUUUCUACGACGAGAACUUUACUCUUCGACAGAGACUCUUCUCGAAACCGCGACAUACUGAGCUGUUCAUUGUCGUCACAAUGUACAACGAAGAUGAGAUUCUGUUCGCGCGCUCCAUGAUUGGUGUCUUCAAGAACAUUGAGUACAUGUGCAACCGCAAGGAGAGUAAGACAUGGGGCAAGGACGCCUGGAAGAAGAUUGUCGUCUGCGUCGUCAGCGACGGUCGGUCCAAGAUCAACCCCCGCACUCGCGCGCUCUUGGCCGGUAUGGGCGUGUACCAAGAGGGCAUUGCAAAGCAGCAGGUCAAUGGCAAGGACGUGACGUCUCACAUCUACGAGUACACCACCCAGGUCGGCAUGCGCAUCGAGAAGGGUGUGGUUCAGCUUGUCCCGAAGCAGCAGCCCGUUCAGAUCCUGUUCUGCCUCAAGGAAAAGAACCAGAAGAAGAUCAACUCGCACAGAUGGUUCUUCUCUGCUUUCGGCAGAGUCCUCGACCCCAACAUUUGCGUGCUUCUCGAUGCUGGUACCAAGCCGGGCGGCAACUCGAUCUACCACCUCUGGAAGGCGUUCGACCUCGAGCCCAUGUGCGCUGGUGCAUGUGGUGAGAUCAAAGCCAUGUUGGGUACCGGUGGCAAGAACCUGCUCAACCCCCUGAUCGCCACACAAAACUUUGAGUACAAGAUGAGUAACAUCUUGGACAAACCCUUGGAAUCGGCCUUUGGUUUCAUCUCCGUCUUGCCCGGUGCCUUUUCGGCGUAUCGCUACGUUGCGCUGCAGAACGACAAGAACGGUCAGGGCCCCCUGGAGAAGUACUUCGCUGGCGAAACGCUUCACGGCUCUGAUGCGGGCAUCUUCGAGUCCAACAUGUAUCUGGCCGAGGAUCGUAUUCUCUGCUUCGAGCUAGUGACCAAGCGCAACUGUCACUGGAUUCUGCAGUACGUCAAGUCGGCCACGGGCGAAACCGAUGUUCCGGAUACGGUCACAGAACUGGUUCUGCAACGACGACGAUGGCUCAACGGUUCAUUCUUCGCCGCCAUCUAUGCCAUUGCUCACUUUUACCAAUUCUUCCGCUCAGACCACUCCUUCCUCCGAAAGGUCAUGCUGUUCAUCGAGUUCAUCUUCCUCGUCAUCGACUAUGGUUCUCGCGUGGUUUGCCGUUGGCACUUCUUCCUCGUCUUUAGUAUCCUGACAAAGAGUCUCGGCGGCGAUGAACUCCUCGGUAGGACCGGUGAGAUUCUCGGCGUUGUCUUUACAUGGCUGUACGGCGUUGCGCUCUUCACUUGCUUCGUCCUCAGCAUGGGUAACCGUCCGUCCGGCUCGAGGUGGUACUACACAACCAUGGUGUACUUCUGGGCGAUCAUCAUGGUAUAUCUCAUGUUCGCGGCCAUUUUCAUUGCUGUCAAGGCCAUUAUCGCAGACGUCAACGACGGUACCCCUUUCAGCUUGGAUGAACUGUUUAGAAACCCUGUUUUCUACACGCUGAUCGUCUCCGUCAUGUCGACGUACGGUAUUUGGUUCCUCGCGUCGUUCCUCAUGUUCGAUCCCUGGCACAUGUUCACCUCGUUCGUCCAAUACAUGUUGCUCACGCCAACCUACAUCAACAUCCUCAACGUCUACGCCUUCUGCAACACGCACGAUAUUUCCUGGGGUACCAAGGGCGACGACCAGGCAGAAAAGCUGCCCUCCGUCAGCACGAAGGACGGCUCCGGCAAGACAGACCUGCCUGAUGAGUCGGAUCUCAACGCCCAGUACGAACGCGAGCUCACCGCCUUUGGCUCCAAGCCCAUCAAGGUGGUUCACACCCCGACAGAGGCACAGAGAGCAGAAGCUCAGAUGGACUACUACCGCGGCGUCCGUUCCAUCACGGUCCUCGCCUGGAUGAUUACGAAUUUUGGCCUCGCGGCUGUCGUUCUCAGUGCGGCCGGCCUCGACCGCAUCGACCCAAGGAACAAGACCGCCGAGGAAGAAGACCCGAACGCCAGGGCCAACAUCUACAUGACUGUUGUCCUGUGGUCCGUGGCCGGCCUGUCGGCGUUCAAGUUCAUUGGCGCCAUGUGGUUCCUGGUCGUGCGCAUGUUUAGGGGCGUGUAA